AUGUGCAAGGCUGGCUUUUCAGGUGAUUCACCCUGGUUCAUCUUUCCAUCCAUGUUAGGGCAUCUCUGGCCCCAGUAUGUAAGGAUGGGCAUGGGCCAGGAAGACUCCUAUGUGGGUGAUGAGGCUCAGAGUGCUGCUGACCAAGACCCCCUGAACCUGAAGGCCAACCAUGAGAAGGUGACUGAGAUCAUGUUUGAGAACUACAACACCCUUGCUAUGUAUGUGGCCAACAAUUCCAUGUUCUCCUUGUAUGCUUCUGGCUGCACCACAGGCAUUAUUAUGAACUCUGGUUAUGGAGUCACCCACAAUGUGUCCAUCUAUGAGGGCUAUGCCCUGCCCCAUGCCAUCCUGUGUUUGAGCCUGGCCAGCUGUCAUCUGACAGACUACCUGUUGAGGAUACUCAUGGAGCAUGGCUACAGUUUCACCACCAUGGGUGAGAGGGAUAUUGUGUGUGACAUAAAGAAGAAACUCAGCUAUGUUGCCCUGGACUUCAAGCAGGAGAUGGCCACCACUGCCUUGUCCACCUCCCUGGAAAAGAGCUAUGAGCUUCCUGAUGGGAAGUUCAUCUCCAUUGGCAGUGAUCAGUUCUGCUGUCAUGAAGCCCUCUUCCAGCCUUCCUUCCUGGGCAUGGAAUCCUAUGGCAUCCAUGAAAUUGCCUUCAACUCCAUCAUGAAAUGUGUUGUGACCAUCCACAAGAAUCUCUAUGCCAAUUUUUUACUGCCUGGUGGGACCACUAUGUAUCUGAGCAUUACUGACAGAAUGCAGAAGGAGAUCACAGUGCUUGCACCCAGCACAAUGAAGACAAAGGCCAUUGCCCCCUUUGAGCACAAGUACUCUGUGUGGAUUGGUGGAUCCAUACUGGCCUCACUGUCCACAUUCUAG